AUGAUUUUACCGGUGGCCGUACUUCUACUGGUGACUACGUGUGCCCAUGGCCGGCCAAGAGGAACGACAGUCCGAAAUGAUAUCACAGUUCCGGAGAAUUGCCCAGAGGGACAACGAUGGAUUAAUGGCGCAUGUCGCGAUAUUUGGCUUUUCGCGGAAGACGCUGCGACGAAAGCUCCACACACAUUGGACAGUGUACCACUGAACAUCGUUACGGCUCCACCUAACUGCCCACCGGGUCAGCACCUCAUUAAUGGGGCUUGUCGUGACAUAUUCCGGACAAAGGAAUUUCCACAAUCGGCUCAAAUUAAAAAUGUAAUAACUGUACCACCGAAUUGUUUGCCCGGUCAAAAGCUUAUCAAUGGACAAUGCCGAGACGUAUGGUUUAGUAAUGCGACGCCGUCUUACGUUGCACCAAGGAACGACGGCCUCGGAUCGCAAGUUGCGCCUCAAAAUGUUUUGUUCGGGAAUCAGAUGAACUAG